UUCGUGGCAAAAGCUUGUUCGUUUCGUUUCCCGGUGCGGCGGUCGACGGGCAGUUGGAUCCCGGAUCUGAUUUCUGCAGUCCACAUGCUCGUGGAUGCCCGUGAGUUGCACGGAGAAAUGAAUCCGCCGACUACACACCUACCUGAAUAGUCUUUGAAUCCUGAAGGGUCAUAUUCGUCGGUGGUGCUGCUGCUGCUGCUGUUGUUGUUGUUCCCCCUAUCCUGUCGCGGCUCGCGUGCUAGAUACAGGACGAAACUGUCUGCACACGAGAUGGCCAAGACUCUCUUCCGACUAGUUAGCUUUGCCGCUGCCUUGAGCACAGUGCUCGGUCACGCUGUUGUGACAGUUCCUACACCUCGUGGAGCUGGUCCGUACUACACACAACGAUGUGGCGAGACCUACGCGGUGUACAUGGAGAAGGACAAGGCCGGCCCUAUCGAGAACGGGGUGGCAAAGGCAGGCUCAGAACUCGGCUGCAAUCCGUUCCUCUGCCGGGGCUACCAGUACGAGGACAAUGAAGCGGUGGAAUACGAGCCGGGUCAAGUCAUCGACUUCCACGUCGACCUCAUUGCUGGGCACCACCCGGGCUAUGCGAACGUCUCGAUCGUUGACCUGGAAGCAAACAAGAUCAUCGGCGAUCCCUUGAGGUCCUGGGAUGACUAUCCAAACGCGACAGCGACGACGCCUCGGUCAGACAUCGAUUUCAACGUGACCAUCCCGAACACGCUCGGUACGGCAUGCAGCACCGGCGGCAAGUGCGCCAUCCAAUGGUACUGGUAUGCGAGCGGGAACAAGCAGAGUUACGAGAGCUGCGUCGAUUUUUACGUCAAGGCUUGAUAAUAGUGGCUGCUGCGCUCGGUCGGAUCCCUCCAGGUUCCGGGCUUGCAAAUGAACGGAAGAACAUGUAUAUACAAGAAUAAACCCUUCACAAGGAACAACAAUGACCGAGUCGUAAUUAGGUACCCUGGGGCAUGCCAAGGGUGGUCCACUGGUCAAAGUGCCUGGCCGUCCACGGCUCGUUGGGCGCCAG